UUAUUCUUAUUCUGAGUAUCCUUUUCAAGUUUCAUUUAUUUUCAGAGCUUUCAUUUUGACGCAUUGAUUGUCGACGGACAUACCAACGUAUCUAUUGUUCAGUGUAGGUUGGUUUGGAGCUCAGCAAAGUAAAAAAGUGCAAGAGAUGGAAUUAGCACCUUCGUUACUACUAGGUCUCUGCGGGUUUAGUUUGAAGGCUUGCCAGAGGCUAGCUUUCAAAAAGCUUCAAGAUGACGAUACAAAACACAAAACGCUGUUGCAUCUAAUCGUAAGCCGUAUUGACCAAGUCGCGUUACUAAUCAAGAAUCAGAAAAAAUGGCAGCUUAAAACAAGUUUGCAAGAGUUUCAAACAGGCCUGAAAUAUUUGGAGAAGGAGUUAAACAACCAAAAUCGUGACCAGGUGGAAAAGACACCGCGUGCAGAAUUGAAAAUAAAUGACACUUUUGUAGAAGCAUCUUUGCUGACAGAGACCAUGACACAUUUAUCAAAGCUGGCUGACCUCGAUGAAGCAGCCGAAGGACUUAAGGAUGCCCGGAAAAUGUUCGAGAAGGCUUGUGAUAAUGCAAGGGCUGCUUUUAAUAGCGAUGGCCUUUCAACAGCUGAGCAGAUUCUUGCUGCCAAUGUUGGCGUUACGGCUGCCAUACUGACAAAGAUUAAAGAUCCCUCGAGGGCACUACCGGUAUGUGAAAUUUGGCUUGGUGAUCUUAAUAAAAUGGAAAGGGUCAAGGAAAUUUUUAGACAAAUCUUUAGAAGCGGAAAAAAAGAUCCCUUCAGAGGCGACGAACACAUCAAAAACUGUUUCUUGGGUGUGUAUCACACUAAUAGCGUCGUUUACGAAAUUAGCCGAAUUGCUGAAAUUGCUGACAAACCCAACGAACUUUGUUGGAUUUGGCCCUUCAUUGAGGUGGAAAAGAAGAAAGUCGACCCAUUGCGCGACAUAAGAAUUUUUGAAACGCUUUCUAAAAAUCGUGAUACGGAGCGCUAUUGCUUUCCAUGGUCAUUUGGUCAAGGCCCCGAAAAAGAAAAAAAGUUGAAGGUUGCACAAGACAUUGCCAUAAACAAAGAGGGACAUUUCAUAGUAGUAGACAAAGGUGAUCAGAUGGUUAAAAUUUUCGACGAAAAGGGCAUCUUUUUGCGCUCUUUCCAACCCCUCAGUCGUCGAUUGGCUGACGAAGAUGUCUGUGGUGUAAGUACUGAUCACGAAGAUAAUCUGUUCGUGCUGAUCAUGAUAGAUAAAUAUCACCACGAAGUCCGUGUGUUUGAUCAAAACGGUAACUUGAAAAGCAGGUUUCGCUUGAGGGAAGGAUCAGUACGCCGCUCGCUGGUCGCCAAUGACAACAAGGAAAUCCUUGUCAUUAACGAGGAACCUGCAUCGAAUCGAUGUGUGGUGGAACUUUAUGCGCAUAAGAACGGCCGGUACGUCCGCAGCAUUGUGCCGGAAGACCCAGCAGAGCCCAGUGAACCUGAAGAGGCAAAUGGAUUAAAGAGUCCAAAUGAAGAAGACCCUAAAGAGCCCAAAGCACAGAAAGAGACAGAUCGUUCUGACAGCACCCCUAAAGGCGCCAGGAAAUCUAAAGAGCCUGAAGACAAAGACACAAAAGAGCAAAAGAAGUCCCAAGAGUCAAACGCCCCCUUGAAACCAAAAGAUAUAGCUAUUACUGAUAAUGGAAUCGUAUUGGUAUUGAACGACGAUGGUAGCGUGAAAAAAUUCGGUGAAAAAACACAGCCGCAUCAAAUGUACGAAGAAAUUAAAGCAAAGGGAAGUGAAACUAUAGCAUUCCAUUCCCCGAGCAAACAUGUCCUCAUUGCGAACAGAUCAGAUGGAAUCGUACAAGUUUCAGUGUUCAGUGAAUGCAGCGAACUAGUAACCAGUUUUCAUGUAUACGAGGAUAAGGAUGUCCAGGAGAAAAAGGAAUAUAUUGCACCAAGGAUUGCAGUGACUGCGGAUGGUCGCAUCGCUGUGCUCAAUGGAUUUGCAGGCGAAAGUAAAGUAACUGUUGUUUAAAAAAACCGUCACUUCGUUUUGACACCAGGCUAAUCUCAGAACCUGACUUAAACCCAGAACUCCUGGUUGGUUUGGAGUGACAAAAAUUGUCAGUGUUUUAAUGAUAGAAAUCCUGAAAAGCCGCGAACAUCUUAGUGACAUUUUUUUUCUUUAAAGUACUGAUCCAUUUCGUAGACAAUCCCUUUGGAUUCUUAGAAAUACCGGAAGGUAAACAAACGUAUUGAAGGCACCGCUUCGAAUUACUUUAUUUGCAUAUGCACUAGGCCUGCUUUAUAUAUUUUCUUGUACACCAUAGAUAAAAGUACCAUUAUUAAUAUGUACAACUGAUCAGCCGAUCUCUAUAUCAUUGUCUAUUUUAGGUCUCAACGAAAUUUGGUAGAAAGCGAUUUUUUUUAGAAACAGCGACGCUCAAAAGUCACUUUUAAAGUGCUUAUUCAGCUCAAAGUUAAUUUAUUCUGACUUAGUUGAAAAAUUUUUAGAGCAGCAAUCGCAUAUUAGAAACGUCAUGAUCUUCUAGGGUGGAAAAAUGUUACACGUAUAGAUUCCACAAUUUUUACUUUAAGGUCGCACAAAAGUUUCGUAUAAAAGUAAAUUUUCUUCAUUUUAAGAUAGUACUUUCUUGUCCCGUAGUGUGCUUGACAACGUGUGCCGUCUGUGCAUCUAAACCACGCAUACGCUUGUAAACUGGCGACUGCGAUUGCCAACGAGGGUUCAACGUGCAGUCCUGAAUAAACCACGUUCUUUUUUGCCUUUAA